CAGUUCUACAGGAUAGCAAUGUCUCCUCAGGCACCUCCGCCAUCGUGCCCGGUAGACCAUUCGUCGUCCACGCCUCCGCCAUCGGCUGAACCACCCAUGUCAUGCCCCAUAGAUCACUCAAAAGCAAGCACUCCUCAACAACCGCAACCACACCCUACCAAUAAUCCCCUUGCAGGACUGACCGCCGACUCAUGUCCUUACUCUGCGGAACGUCAGGAACAAGAGCUAAUAGCCGAAAGUAAUAACAUGCCACCUCCUUCGCAGUUACCGGCACAGGACCAGAAGCAGCUCUUGAGCACUGAGAGAGAACAUAGCACUAUUCCUAUGGGUGGACGGUUUGACGGAAAGAAUUGGGUCUAUCCUAGUGAACAGAUGUUUUUCAACGCCAUGCGUCGCAAAAAUUGGCAACCAUCAGAGCAAGACAUGUCCGUCGUUGUUCCCAUCCAUAAUGCCGUUAAUGAGCAAUGCUGGCGCAAAAUACUGGAGUGGGAAGCUCUUUACAAAUCGUCAUGCGGACAACCAAAGUUAUUGAAAUUCCAAGGAAAACCGAAAGAUUAUACGCCGAAAGCACGCAUCCGAUCGUUGUUGGGCUACACGCUUCCAUUUGACAGGCACGAUUGGACCAUCGAUAGAUGUGGGAAGACCGUAACAUAUGUUAUCGACUUUUAUUCAGGUGCACCAGCGAAGGAUGGGGGAGUCAGCUUUUAUUUAGACGUCAGACCAAAGCUAACGGUGGACGGCGUGAAGGACAGAAUAAAAAUGUGGUGGUCGACCGGGUCCGGAUUGUGGUAAACAUUCUUUUUCUGAUACAUAAUAUAUUUAAUUUGUGUCCUGUGCACCCA